GUGGUCUCGUGACUGGAAUGCAAAUCGGAGAAAACGGAAGUGAAGAGGGUCCUCAAUACCGAAAGGAUCUGUUAAAAAAUGACGAAGCACGAAUUUUUCGUUGAUAUGACCUGUGAAGGAUGUUCAGGCGCAGUUACACGAGUCCUCAACAAACUGGAUGUGAAAUUUGAUAUUGACCUUCCCAACAAGAAAGUAUUCAUCGAGUCUGACAAGGCUGCUGAAGUUCUCAUGGAAACGCUGAAAAAGACUGGAAAGGCUGUCACUUACAUCGGACCAAAAUGAAGCGCCUCCCCCUUUCUUGGAUAAAACAGGUGACUGCUGCUGAUAUGAAGGAGUGUUGGACAGACCCACCAUUGACAGCCCAGUUUGAGAAGUGGCUUUCCCACCCUGCUGAACAGCCAGCAGACCUUUGACCUCUCAGCUACAGAUUAGUGUACCCCUGGGGACCCUUAGUAUGUGCUCUUUAAAGUUGUAUACCUCCAUAAUUUAAAAUAUGUGUAAUAUUUGACUUAAAAACUGUCUGACAAUCGAGGAACAAUCUCUCUGUGUGUGUUUUUUUUUUUUUUUUAAGCCUUGUUAUAACGAUUCACAAGGAGCUGUGCAAUUAGGAAAAGCCAUGAUCUGCAUGCAUGUGUCCUGAUUUUAGUUUUUAGAGUUCCCGAUGAUCUGUUUCUCUGAAUGGAAAAAUAAAACAUUUGCAGUAUCAGAAUGUAUGUUUACAUUCAUCUGUUCGUUCAUUUUUCUGACAUUAAUGUAUUACCAAAAUGCAUUGUGAGCAGAAUAAGUGCAGACACAAGCCACCUUUGGCUUGCACUGUGUUCUCUGUGUCUCACUCCAAAUAUUUUGGAGUAAACUGUAUCAAGCCAUACACCACAAGAACAUAUCAGCAGAUAGUCACUCUUUGCAUGUAAACAGCUUAACGGCUAAAUCCUUAAAUGCCUGAUGUAAUAGCUUAAUUGUCUUACUGGCUUUGUUGAUGCCCAAGCUAUGAAAAUGCAAAACAUUUGGUUUUGCAGCUUUGCUGAGAAAAUAAAUUCAGGAAAACCUCACCAGUAGAUGGCAGUGUUUGCAUGUCUUGAAUAGUACUUCUAAGAGCCGGCAAAUACACUGAAGUUCACUUGAUGUAAUUUAAUCUGCCAAUUUUGUAUAAAUCUGACUCUUUCUUUUCUUUAGCUACAACACUAACAAGCAAAAUCCACUUUUGCUUUAGUAGCUUCUAAUUCUCAUCUGUUGUUGUAAUUU